GAAGUUACGUCUAUGUCAUCGCGGCAGCACUGUUGCCCAUCAUUAGGAUGACAUUUGGCUUCGAUAUUUUCGGAGCAAUAAACACAAAACCGAAUGUCUUCACAAAAUCAUUCAAAAGAAUAUAAAUAAAUAAACCUCACGCGAAAAUCCAUCCAAUUAAUGUUUGUUUUUGUUAAUCAGUGUAAAAAAUUGAAUUGAAAAAAAAAAUUCUCAAUACCUUAUGUAAUUUAUAUAUAAACCAAUCGGCAAUAAUAUGGCACAAAAUCGAACUGAAAUUUUGGCGGUGCUACAAUUAUUGAAAAAAUACAAUUUUAAGAAUGCCGAAGAGCAAUUGCGAAAGGAUGCAAACCUAACCGAUAUUCCGGACAAUGUGCCGGUCGAUUCCGAUGUGAGUAGCGUUCUAGCUGCAUACAAAAGUGAAGGCGAUCCAGAUUUAUAUGAAUAUGCCUACAUGGAACUGAGGCGUUUCGUUGACGAAUCACUGGAUAUCUACAAACAUGAAUUAGCAAUGAUAUUGUAUCCGGUAUUCGUGCAUAUGUAUCUGGAGCUAGUGUACAAUGAUCAUGAAGAGCAGGCGAAGAAAUUAAUUGAAAAAUUUGGCGCCGAACAAGAGCAUUAUUAUCAUGAGGAUAUUACACGAUUGGCAACAGUCACCAAACGUGAUCAAAUGAGUGGCAACGAUUUGGCCGAAACAUUUAAAUCCAAUGAGUUCAUUAUUCGUAUUUCACGUGAUACAUUAUCACUGUUAAAACGACAUUUACAAGAGAAAAAACAAUCGGUCAUUAUGAAUAUUGUGAAUGAGCAUUUAUACUUUGAUUUGUAUGAGGGCGUUGCACGAAAUAAGGUGCAAUGUGAGGCGACGGCCGGUGCAAUGACCGGCGAAGCAAAACGACAAGAUAAUAAGGUGAAAGUGUAUUAUGGUUUAUUGAAAGAGCCUGAUAUGCAAACAUUGGCACAACCACAAGAGGAAGACGACGAUUUAGAUCCAGAUGCACCAGACAAACCAAAGAAAAAGAAAUCAAAAAAAGAUCCAUUAUUUUCGAAAAAAUCCAAAUCGGAUCCGAAUGCACCGCCAAUCGAUCGAAUGCCAUUGCCCGAGUUGCGUGACAUUGAUAAACAAGAGAAAGUGCGUGCAAUGCGCGAAGCAAUGAAACGUGUUCCACUCGGACCGGAUAGUUUGCCGUCGGUAUGCUUUUACACAAUUUUAAAUUCAUCGAAUAGCGUAACAUGUGCCGAAAUAUGCGAUGAUACCAGUUUGGUUGCAAUUGGUUUUUCCGAUUCAAUGCUACGCGUUUGGUCACUAACGCCGAGUAAAUUACGCGAAAUGAAACCGGCCGAUCAAUUAAAAGAAGUUGACAAAGAUGCUGAUGAUGUGCUAGUUCGAAUGAUGGAUGAUCGAACAGCCGAAUCAAGUAGAACGUUACUCGGUCACAAUGGACCCGUGUAUCGUGCAGCAUUUUCAAAUGAUCGCACAAUGCUCCUAUCGUGUUCAGAAGAUACAACGAUUCGUUUAUGGUCACUUCAAACGUGGACAUGUUUAGUUGUGUAUAGAGGUCAUUUGAAUCCUGUGUGGGAUAUUCGAUUUUCACCGCAUGGUCAUUACUUUGCAACCGCUUCACAUGAUAAAACAGCACGUUUAUGGGCAACCGAUUCACAUCACCCGCUGCGAAUAUUUUUAGGUCAUUUGUCCGAUGUUGAUUGUGUCCUUUUCCAUCCCAAUUCGAACUAUAUUGCAACCGGUUCGUCGGAUCGAUCGGUACGAUUAUGGGAUUGUGUAUCUGGAAAUUUUGUUCGUUUAAUGACCGGACACAAAGCACCAAUUUAUUCGAUGGCAUUUAGUACAUGCGGUCGAUUUUUGGCCACCGGUUCGGCCGAUUGUCGAUGUUUAAUUUGGGAUCUGGCCUAUGGCCAUUUGAUUGCCGCAUUUACCGGACAUACAAGCACCGUACAUACACUUUGUUUUAGCCGUGAUGGUACGAUACUUGCCACCGGAUCACUUGAUUGUACAUUACGUUUAUGGGACUUUACAAAAUUAUGCGAAGACAUCACCGGCGAAAAUGUGAACGUUUCACAUAAUCCGGAUGUUCGAGAUGGCGAACAAUACUUACUUCGAAGCUUUCCAACCAAAUCAUCGCCAUUCAUCGGCUUACAUUUUACAAGGAGGAACCUAUUGCUUGCGGUUGGACUGUUUUCCAGCGAUAGCAAUAAUCAAUCAAAAGAUUUGCAUUAACAUUAAAUAAGUAAAACAGACGUAUCUUAUUUGCAA